AUGUUGAGCCCACGACACGGAGACGAUAUGGAUAUGGACAUGGACAUGUCGUCCAUGAACAUGUCCUCUACCAUGUCCGGCCGCAUGAACGCCUCGCAAAUGAACAUGGUCUUUUUCUCCGCCAGCACAACACCACUCUUCUCGUCAAUGUGGAUGCCUACCUCCACUGGCCAUUAUGUUGGAACAUGCAUCUUCCUCAUCGUUCUUGCCUUUCUUUAUCGCGCAUCUUUCACGCUCAAGCACGUGCUCGAGAAGAAGUGGCGCAGUGUCGUCGUGCAGCGGAGGUAUCUCCUUGCAGACACUACGGCGGCGAAGCGCGUCUCCAUGGAUUCGGAUGCCAAGGAGGCGGUCCUAACCGUGGAUGGAGUUGAAGAAAGAGUGCGGGUUGUGAGCCAGUCGAGCGACGAUGUGCAGCCAUGGAGAUUCAGUGUAGAUCUUCCGAGGAGUGUGCUGGUUACUGUGAUGGUGGCGGUUGGAUAUCUUCUCAUGCUCGCAGUAAUGACCAUGAAUGUUGGCUAUUUUGCGUCGAUUCUUGGUGGUGCGUUCGCCGGCGAGGUAGUGUUUGGCAGGUUUCUCGACUUUCAGACGCAUCAUUAA